CAUCCCUUCCCCGAUCCCGAGAAGCAGAGCAGAGCAUAGCCUCUCCGGCCUCGUCCUCCUCCCAACCACACAAAAAUGGCGGAGAGCUUUUAGUCCGGGGGAGAUCCACAAAGCAUGGGGAGGCAACGGACCAGAAAAGGCGCCCCCUUUUUUUAGUACUACCCCGUCCCUGCACUGCAGUCGCAGGUGCCGCUUUCCCAUGCUCGCCACCCGCUCCUCCGCCCUCCGUCGUUAACGUCGCCUUCACACCCGGGACGUCCUCUUCUUCAUCCUUGGCGCCUUCCUCCCUCUCCUCUCCUCUACCCAGCCGUCCUCUCCUCCUCUUGUUCCGUCGCUGAUUCGGUGCUCAUUUCUGGCCGCGCCCAUUGGCGCCGCUCGUGCUCGGUGAAGAUAUGGUGAAAUCUCUACAUGUGACUGUGAUCUUCAAAUUACCGUACUACACGCAAUGGGGACAAAGCCUUGUCAUUGCUGGCUCUGAACCGGCACUGGGAUCUUGGAAUGUCAAGCAAGGAUUGGCCUUGAGCCCAGUUCACCAAGGGAAUGCUCUAAUUUGGUGUGGCCAACUUUCGGUUGCUGCUGGCUUCACCUGUGAGUACAGUUAUCAUGUAGUGGAUGAUCACAAGAAUGUUUUGAGAUGGGAGUCUGGGGAGAAAAAGAAAUUAGUGCUGCCAGAGGGUGUUCAGGAUGGAGACGUAGUCGAGAUCCGUGACUGGUGGCAGGAUGCUUCUGAAGCUCUUUUCCUUCGAAGUGCAUUCAAGAAUGUCAUUUUCAGCGAAAAUGAAAAUGCUAAAAGAGAAUUGAAGUCUGCUUCCCUCAGCAAAAGUUUGGACCCUGAAGAUAUUGUCGUGCAAUUUAUUAUUAGUUGUCCUCGACUAGGAGCUGGCUCUACUGUUGUCGUCACAGGAAGUAACCCUUCAAUAGGAAAUUGGCGAGCUCAAGAUGGCCUCAAGCUGAACUACGUUGGAGAUUCCAUUUGGAAGGCAAACUGUGUGUUGCGGAAAUCUGAGUUCCCAGUCAAAUAUAAAUAUUGUCAAAUUAGUGAAGCAGGAGCAUCUACAUUGGAGUUCGGUCCAAACAGAGAGGUCGAUGUGGAUUCACCAUCCAGAUACAUCCUACUAUCUGAUGGCUCCCUACGGGAAUCACCAUGGAGGGGUGCUGGUGUUGCCGUGCCAAUGUUUUCAAUCAGGUCAAAUGAGGACCUUGGUGUUGGAGAGUUCCUAGAUCUUAAACUUCUUGUUGACUGGGCAGUCAAUUCGGGUUUUCAUCUUGUUCAGAUCCUUCCUAUCAAUGAUACUUCAGUUCACCAGAUGUGGUGGGAUUCAUAUCCAUACAGCUCACUCUCUGUAUUUGCGUUACACCCCUUGUACCUGAGAGUACAAGCACUUUCAGAUGCAAUUCCAAAGGAUGUUAAGGAAGAGAUUUUGCAAGCAAAGAAACAAUUGGACAAGAAGGAUGUUGACUAUGAGGCAGCAAUGGCCACAAAACUGUCAAUUGCCAAAAAAAUAUUCAAUUUAGAAAAAGACAAAGUAUUAAGUUCCGCUUCGUUCAAGAAGUUCCUAUCUGAAAAUGAGGAAUGGUUGAAACCAUAUGCUGUAUUUUGCUUUCUGCGGGAUUUCUUUGAGACAUCAGAUCACAGCCAAUGGGGUCGGUUUUCUCAGUUCUCGAAGGAAAAGCUUGAUAAGCUUGUUGCAGAAGGUACUUUGCACCAUGAUAUUAUUCGCUUUCAUUACUAUAUCCAAUACCAUCUAUAUACGCAAUUAUCAGAGGCAGCUGCAUAUGCAAGGAAAAACAAGGUUAUUCUGAAAGGAGAUUUACCUAUUGGUGUUGAUAGGAAUAGUGUGGAUACUUGGGUAUACCCUACCUUAUUUCGCAUGAAUACAGCAACUGGUGCACCUCCAGAUUAUUUUGACAAAAAUGGACAAAACUGGGGUUUCCCUACAUAUAACUGGGAGGAGAUGUCAAAGGAUAAUUAUGGGUGGUGGCGAGCUCGUCUGACGCAGAUGGCAAAAUACUUCACAGCUUAUAGGAUAGACCAUAUUUUGGGUUUCUUUAGGAUAUGGGAGCUUCCAGAUCAUGCUGCGACAGGUUUGAUCGGAAAAUUUAGACCUUCGAUUCCUCUUAGUCAGGAGGAGCUUCUGGGCGAUGGCAUUUGGGAUUUUGACCGGAUGAGCCGUCCAUAUAUUCGUCAGGAUAUGUUGGAGGAGAAGUUUGGAUCUUUUUGGACAGUUAUUGCAGCUAACUUUCUGAAUGAAUAUCAGAAGCAAUGCUACGAGUUCAAAGAGGAAUGCAACACUGAGAAAAAGAUUAUUGCAAAGCUUAAAACCAGUCCCGAAAAAUCACUCUGGCUGGAGAAAGAAGACAGUGUUCGGCGUGGUCUGUUUGAUCUACUACAGAAUAUAGUCCUCAUUAGAGAUCCAGAGGACCCCACGAAGUUUUAUCCCCGUUUUAACCUGGAAGACACUUCAAAUUUUAGGGACUUAGAUGAACAUAGCAAAAAUGUCCUUAGAAGAUUAUAUUAUGACUAUUAUUUCACUCGCCAAGAAAAUCUUUGGCGUCAAAAUGCGCUGAAGACUCUGCCUGUCCUGUUGGAUGCAUCAGAUAUGCUGGCAUGCGGGGAAGAUCUUGGUCUUAUCCCUGCUUGUGUUCAUCCUGUUAUGCAAGAACUAGGGUUGAUUGGAUUGCGUAUCCAGAGAAUGCCUAGUGAACCAAACUGUGAAUUUGGUAUUCCAUCUCAGUAUAGCUAUAUGACGGUUUGUGCUCCCUCAUGUCAUGAUUGCUCCACACUACGUGCUUGGUGGGAAGAAGAAGCAGGGAGAAGAAGUCGCUUUUACAAGGGUGUAAUUGGUAGCGACAAGGAGCCUCCAUCUCGUUGCACCCCAGAAGUGGUUCACUUCAUUGUUCAGCAGCAUUUUGAUGCCCCAUCAAUGUGGGCAAUCUUUCCGCUACAGGACCUGCUCGCACUGAAAGACAAGUACACCACAAGACCAGCAGUGGAGGAAACUAUCAACGACCCCACUAACCCAAAGCAUUACUGGAGAUUCCGCCUACAUGUGCCACUGGAGUCUAUGUUGGAGGACAAAGACAUCCAAGCAACCAUCAAGGACCUUGUCACAAGUAGUGGGAGGUCAUUUCCUGGCAAGAAAACGGAGGCUUCCAAAGGACAGUCGAGUGGUAAACCAUAGGAAAAAGGACCACCGCAAGAACGGUCGUCGAACGGGAUCACGAUUACAAGUAAAUAGAAUAAAGUGAUGCAUUUCAUCACCACGUCCGCGUAGCUGAUCUUGUUUCAGCUGGAAACUGUUUACGCUAAUUCCCUUUCGAACUCCGAAAAAUAAUAAGUACCAGUAUCAUCUAUCAAGCCUGCUCGUGGAAUAAAUUAUCCUUGGUCUCGAUUUUUAUUUCAGCGAUGACUUUUAACUUGUUU